AUGAUCCAGUCCGGAUACCUGUUGACAAUCAGCUUCUUAGCUGCAGUUGGCUAUUUCGCUGCUCUGUGGAUCAGCGGAUAUAGUCGACGACCGAAAGGGACCAGAAAGCUGCCUGGACCCAAGGGUGUUCCUAUCGUAGGCAAUCUACUACAGAUUCAAUCCCGACACUCCUGGCUACAGUUCAAAGCUUGGGCGGACAACUAUGGGCCAAUAUUCUGCCUCAAACUUGGGCUCCGUGAACACGUAGUCAUCUCUUCGGAGGCAAUUGCCAACGAACUUCUGCGGGAGCGUGGUAAUAUUUACUCAUCACGGGAGCAGGUUCCGAUGGCAGCGGAGCUUCUGUCGCAUAAUCUACGCCCUCUACUACUUCCAUACAAUGAUCGGUGGCGACGAGUGCGGAAGUUUAUGCAUCAGCUUACUAUGCCCCGGGUGGCAGCCACAUAUGAGCCUUCGCAAUCGCUCGAAUCGAAACGUCUAGUCUACAACCUUCUCCGAGAUCCAACCAACAUUGCUCUCCACCUACAGCUAUAUUCAGGAGGACUCAUCUUCCGCAUCGGCUAUGGCAAGCGUCUGAAGAGUCACGAAGAGCCGUAUCUUCGUCGCAUCAUUCAAGUCAAUCAUAAUCUAGAACGCAUCGCGUCUCCAGGAUCGUAUCUGGUCGACACGAUUCCGCUUCUAAAACACUUGCCGACAUGGCUUGCGCCCUUUAAGCAGGAAGCUGCUCGCCUUCAUGCAAAAGAGGUGGGACUGUUCCGUGAACUCAUUGAUAAUGUUCGGGAGGAAAGGCACCAAUACAACGCAAAGCCCUGCUUUGCUCUGACACUACUCGAAGACCAAGAGAGGUUUGAGCUGACUGACGACGAAGGCGCAUACGCAGUUGGAACCAUGUUUGAAGCUGGGAGUGGAACGACUAGUGCAGCGAUGUUGAACUUCGUUUUUGCCAUGACUCAUUACCCAGAGUGGCAGACACCGUUGUGGGAAGAGCUUGAUCGGGUCUGUGGGAAUCGAAUACCUGAAUUUACAGACAUUCCGGAGUUGCCCACUGUCCGAGCAGUCAUCAAAGAGACAAUGCGAUGGCGCCCUGUCACCGCAGGAGGCGUGCCCCAUCAGCUCACGAAAGAUGAUGUCUACGAUGGCUAUUUCCUGCGCGCCGGGACAAUGGUGCAUGCCAACCAAUGGGCCAUACAUCGUGACCCUAAGCUAUAUCCUGACCCCGAGACUUUCAAUCCUACACGCUGGUUGUCCAAAGAGUUUCCUACCUACAGCGAGCCUCUUUCCAAGUUCCCAAACCUGCAGAACUUCACUGCAUUUGGGUCAGGCCGUCGAAUAUGUCCUGGCAUGAAUAUCGCCGAGCGAUCACUCUACAUUCUCACCGCUCGAAUCGCAUGGGCAUGCAAAAUCUCGAAGAAGCGGGAUUCUGCCGGUCAGGAAAUACCAGUGCCGCUCUACGAUUAUACGGCUGGCUUUAACACUGAGCCCAAUCCGUGGUCGUUUGAGCUGGUCGCACGGAACAAAGAACGAGAGGAAGCAAUUAUCAAAGCAUGGGAAGAAGCGAUGGACACUGAUCCUUUGAGCAGCUAA